AUGUCUAAUAUGGAGGCUCGCGAUUCCCGCGAAUCCCACAAGAGGCCUCGAUCGCCAGGCGAACAGCAGAUGUCGUCCAAAGUCCCCAAAAUGCAGUCGAACCACCUCCAGAUCAACUACCUUGCGCGCCAAUAUCCAGAUAACCUCCCGCUGGUCUCCGUCGAUGAUACCAUGCCUGCGAUCAUCCACCUGCUGGGGGAAUAUGAUGGCGUCCUACACCGCCAUGAGAGCAUCGCGGGAAACCUCGGCGCAUGCCCGCUGGGUCCGAUUUUGAUCAAGCGCUUUGAGCGUCUGUUUGACGGUCCGCCACAAGUGCUGAAGUCGCAUGGCAAGGACGGCCCCACCGUGACUUGGCUGGACGUGGUGGAGUUCGCGAAGAACAAACCGGAACAAUUCAAUCUGGAGAAGUCGCGCAAUGGGGUCCGAGUCUGUCAGUUCUAUACCAAGCAAUGUCGCGUGGAGAUCAGCGAAGAGGACUUCGUGUUGAUCUCCUCGGGAAUGCCGCAGAAGAUGAUUCCGCCCCAGCCUAUCAUUGAGGAUGAGGAGAAGGAACUGGGUGCGCUGGAAAUUCUGGAGAAGAACCUGCAGCAUAUAAUUCAAAUGGCAGAUCAAGUCUCUGCCCGAGCGCGACAGCUCAACCAUCGUCUGAAGAAUCGCCGGAAUGCAAUUGUCACCCGGCGUGAGAACGACGCCACCUUGCAUGCGCAAUCCCGAUCUGCCACUGAUAUAUGGCGCGACGCUAAUGGCCAUGGCCCUGUCAACGGCCAUGGCUCAUCUAAUGCAUCUCCGUCGGGGUUUGUUGCCGUCAACGCCCAUCGCCCUGAGGGUGAGCAGCACACUGAGGAAAACCCGAUUGCGUCGCAAUUCAUGUUUUCCCAAGCCAACACCGAGAAUGUCACCAUGAUCAACGGGCAGUCGAUCAAAGGUGCCUCGCCAACCACCCGCGCGGAUCUGAUGAAGAGGUUCUUCACAACCGCAGACCGCCACGCCCGUGGCUACGACGACGUUACGACCCCCAUCAACCCCCAACCCCUCCCUCGGCCUCGCGCUGAAGAAACAGACUACACCCUGUACAACCCAGCCACGGCCACCCCAGAAAAAGACGACGGCGGCCCCUUCAAACUCGAAAUGAUCGCCCGCAUGGAAGAACUACAGCGCGGCGAGCGCGUCAUCCCACCCUGCGACCGCUGCCGCCGCCUACACAUGGACUGCCUCAAGAACCUCACCGCCUGCGUAGGCUGCACCAAGAAACACGCCAAGUGUUCCUGGCGAGACGUCAAAGAAGACGAAAUCACCGCCAUGCGCGCAGGAAUCUCCACCAGCACCAGCUACGACCAGGACCGCUCCGCCCUCACACCCCCAACAUUCACCGGACCCCUCCCGCCCAUCUCAGCUGAACGCGAACGCAGAGACUACGAAGAAACCUACACCGGUCGUCGCGAGUCUGCCCCCCUCAGCCCCGAAACCAACCUCCCACUCCGCCCCUUCCAAGGUCGUCCACGCCCUCAACACCGUGAGGACGUCGAUCCAGAUGCCAAUCAGCGCCUGAUGCAGGCGAUUAUGGAUACCGUUGAUCAUCAUACUCGCGUCGCUGCUGCUGUGCAGGAGAAGGAGCGUGGGGCGGAGCGGGAGACGGGUGUUACUGCUCCGCCCCCUGCUGUGGUGCCGGUUCCCAUUGCUCACGGGCCUAGUGGUUAUGAGCGGGAGCGGGAGAGGGAGCGUGAAAGAGAACGUGAGCGCGAGCGUGAACGAGAGGCUGAGCGGGAUCGGGAUCGCGACCGCGAUCGUCGUCUCGUGCAGACGUGA